AUGCUUCACGGCGAAGACAGUGUUGAACAGCGCCGCCUUCUGGCGCGCCGUCGAGACCUCACGCGCGCCAUCCCGAAUCGCCGUGUUGGGCGAGGGUGGGGCAGCGAAAGCCUCUUUGUAGUGUCACCAAAUAUCCUUAUAUCGUCGAGUCCCUUUGAUGCCCUUGGGACACGGCCGCGGUCGUGCCGGCGCCAAAGGCAACGCGCGAAGGGAGUGGAUGAGGGUCUGUUCCAAGGAAACUGCGUCCGCCGGGCCCUCCGCAAUGCGGGCACAGGCCGAGCGAAGAUGAGCCGGCUGGACCCUGGGCCAGCAAAUGGAGGACGUACGCCGCGGCAGGAGGCGCUCCGUGCUGCUGGGGACAGUAAGGACUAUCAUCCGGUGAUCCUUCCGCGAAACCUCCUCCAUUACCAUGUGGGCAGUGGGGCGGAGGUGAGACGCAAGCAGAAUGAGAUCCAGGGCCGUGCCGUGAAUGGUGGUGGGUGUCGGCGGCAUGUCCGUAUUGGAGAGAAGGUAGCCCUUCGCCGCACACCAAUCCAGUAUGUGCUCACCCUGCACGCUCAGAAUAUGGGCCGCGUGACGCUGCAGGGCGGCGAUGGCCGGACACCAAUUGCCGUGUCGGGCGUUGAAGUCGCCCGCAAUGACGUCUACGUUGUGGGCCGCUAG